AUGCCUCGAACUCUCGGGUUCAGGGAAUUGAAUGAUAUCGAGGAUGGUUCCACCCUUCGCCGGGGUAAGCCCGCUGCACAUCUCAAAUUCGGACUCGGACAGACCGUCAACGCCGCCACGUUUCUGCAUGCGGAGGCCGUGAGGUAUACUCUUGAGCAUCUUGGGCCCGAUUGUUCGAUGCUCAUGUUGAAACUAUAG